ACUUAUGCGCAGGCAAUACCAUUGCAGCGGGUUCAGUAACAAAGAAUUUUACGUCGUAUACGACGACCCAAAUAUAUACCACAAUCAAUAUGGCGGACGAAGGACGGACUCCCCGGCGCAAGAAAGGCGCUAGAUUUCAUCCCAAAGAAGCUCCAUUUCCCAUUCCCAUUCAAAGUAUUACAGGAGAGCAAUCUUCCACUGAUAGGUGGUACUAUUACACUGGUUAUUUCAGGGAUAACUGCGUUGUGAUUGAAGAUUUAGGAGACCUUACUUUUCUUUACAAGAUGGGUUUCUUUGGGAAAGGAUUUCUGUCAAGAAGCAAACCUGAAUAUGAAACUAUUUCAAAUGUUUCUCAGAAAGCAUUUUCAAAAUCAGAAAAGCUAAGAAGAUUACCACCAAGGGAGAGAAGAAUCCGGCAGUCAAAGUUUCGUAUCGUAAGGAAGGAGAGAUUUAAAAAUCACAAGCAGUGGUGGCAGCAAGCUACUGGCGCAACAUGUAAACAUGAUGAAAAGACAGGUGAAGUGGUGGGAGACCAAGGUGUUUAUAAUGAAGGAAUUAUGGAUCCUUCUCCUAAAAAGAGAAGAAGUGGUCAUGGAGAGACUGUUAAAGAUUUCAAAUCUGUCAGUCAAUCAGAAUUUUGUAAUGAUGCUAUAGAGACUAAAUCACAACUCACUGAUGAUGAUGACGAUGAUGACGACGACGAAAAAAAGGAGGAGGAGGAGGAUGAUGAUGAAAAUUACAAUGAUGUUGAGGAUGAUAGAAAUGUGCUGAGUAAUUCCAGUGGGAAUGAUGAGGCAAUGAUUACCAACAGGGAUUUGGAAGAAGUAAUGCAAGAUGUUGUGAGAAAUAAUCUUGAGUCUUCAAGUGCAUGUCGCAAUCAAAAGGGAUCUGAUAAAGCUACCACAGUGACUAAAACCCAAAGGAGAAAUCAUUUGGCUAGCUCUAGAAGACGCGAUGAUCCUUACAAAGUCUAUGAGCACUUACAGCUGAGUUUAGAAGAGGCAUUUUUCCUUUCCUAUGGACUUGGUUGUCUUUCUGUAUUGGACAAGGAUAAAAAACCCCUGUCCUUGAGUCAAAUGUGGUGUGCUUUUUGUGGAGCUAAACAAGAAUUCAUCCCAAAUUAUGUAUCAUAUCAUUACUUCAGAUCCAAGGGAUGGGUUCCAAAACUAGGAAUCAAAUAUGGAACAGACCUGGUUCUUUAUAAGGAGGGUAUGCCGUUUUAUCACUCAAGCUACUCUGUUAUUGUACAAAUGGUUAAUCAUCAACAUGAGGAUACUGUAAAAAGUGAUAGCACCAUCUUGGGUAGAGAGCUCAGUUGGCGUCAGUUGUGUGGUGUAGGACGCGUGAAUGAACAUGCUGCUAAGGAACUGAUGAUUUGUUACGUCAUCAAGCCAUCAGACUUGAAAAAUGAAGAACUGUCUUCCCCAAAAUGUAUUUCAAGAUUUAAAAUACAGGUGAUUGCUAAUUAA